UCAGGUCACAUUAUGAGAACCUCCUUUACCUAAUGGGAGAUUUGUAAGCCACGAAAACCACGAACAGGAUCAUGCGAUAAAUCGGAACAAGGCCAACCACCUUCAGGGGGAAAAGUCCGUGGAAACGCCAAACCACACCACGCAGCUCCAAGAUGAGUUUAAAUGGAGAUUUUGUAGAGCAUGAAGUGUUAACUAAGGGAGUUGAGCACAAUAAGGGAGUAAAGCCGGCACCAGAAUUGUUUAACCUAAAAUUCGUUAGGUGACGAAUAUGCUAAUUUAAAUCACGAAAUGUAUUGCUGCUGAACUAUAACUAAUAGCUUGCGGUUCAUCCGUAAUGGUUACUCAUGGAAAUGUGGUUCAUCAGUUAAGGACAAGCGACAUGUUGUGAGGUUGAAGAUGGACUGGGUUAAGUGGCUAAGUUAGCUUUCAAUGACCAGCCAUGCUAACAGCUGAUGAAGUCGCUCACCUGGGGAAACUUAAAGAGUCAGUCACUCACCGAAACAAAUGGUGUUUCGUCUUUCCCCCAGGUAUCACCAUGCAUCUUGUAAAGACGUCCGAAAUAAAGAUGUGAAAGUUGGAAAAUCCAUGAGCUAGGCUUGAGUAAACUUCAGUCCUGGGAAGGCAUUGGUUAGCUUAGCAAAUGCUAGCUAGGAAGUGUGGUGUGGCCGGCUGCCGGUCCUGGUGUCAUCCGGACGGAGGCCUUGAUCCUCGGGCUUUCCUCGUUUUUCUAGGUGCUGACGCACGACCGAAACAGCCGCUGAUGACCCCUUAUUCCCGCUGUCAACUGCUGUCACAUCUCUGAUUUUGUUGCAGGCGUUUGCAAGAGGUUACGGAGCGUUACUGGUGGUUUUACAACGGCACAAGUUCCGUCACCUAAUUGGAGUCCAUUCUCAAAGCGUAGCAAAAGAUCACAACAGAAAUGCGAAUACAAGCGACCCGGAGCGCGUCCCUGUGCUCCCAUUAACCGUGCCACCUUUACAUCCAGACUGACCUGGAUCUUGUCCUCAACUAUAGGUUGCUUUUGAAAAGAAACCAGAGAUUUUUUUCUUUGACCUGUCCAUGAGAUUUCCUCCUGCAAAAAUAGGUGAAAGGGGAGAUGGACGUCACAAUGGCGGUGACCGCCCAAGCCGUCGUUAUCCACCUGUGACCUAUCCACCAGCUGAUGAACAUGAUCUAUUGAUUAUUGCAUGGAGGGAGUACAUAAGCAACCUUGUCAGGGAACUAACUGAGCAACCAAACUACAUUGUGGUACAGGACGCCAUCCAAAAUGCACCAGACAACAAUGACAACAAUGUUGUGUUUUUUAUUAUCGUUGAGCAAGACGAUGAAGAAAAUGCCCUGGAUGGGGAACACAUUGUAAACAAUGAUAAUGUUGGACAAGAUGGGAACAACCUGCAGCACAGCAAUGAAAAUGAGGAUGAAAAUGAGGAGUAUGUGAGUAUUGAUAACGAUGUUGCUGACAUCUAUGGUAAUAUCUCAAAUGAGGAAAAUGCAGGAAACAGACAAGACAACUAUGAAGUGGACUAUAUUGCAAAUGACGUCAGUAACAGCCAUGACUCUGACAACGUCUCCAAUAGCGCACCAUAUGAUGACAGCAUAAAUAGUACAAAUGCAGAGGAUUUGUCAGGUGAAGUUGCUGUACCUGAGGAGGAGCUGAGUUUAAGUGGAGAAGAAGAUCCAUUGCUUGGUGGCUUGGCAGUGAGAACACAAGAUGGGAGUGUAAGGACAGUGAAAAAAUAUUCCUAUGACAUGUCUAACUCUUCUGACAGUAGCAGAGAGAGCGAAAAUCUUGCCUGCUCCCUCCUCAUAUGUGACCUUGAUAAUAAUGUUGGUGAUGAUGUCAAUGAGAAUGAAGUUGAAGCCCAUGACAAUUCACACCUUUUCAUGGCCGAGAACCAUUCAAGUGACGAGGAAGGAGAGUGAAAAGCUUCAAAUGCCAGCAGCAAGGAGCCAACCAGUGUUUUGCGGUUUCAGACUUCUUAAUUUUAUUUUCCCAUUGAAAAUAAAUAAAUAAAUAAAUUCAUGAACAAUGAAAAGCAGCACGCCACAUUCCUCUCAGUGAAGAACAAUGAAAGUUCCCAAUGAGCAACAGUGCAAGAAAGUGGAUGCCGGCGCAACACUCAACAACAUAUUUAUCAAAAGACUGAAAUAGAACAAAAGUUACGAACUGUCAUAUUGAGUAAAUAAGUUAAGUAAUUUAACAUGUUAUCUGGUGGUGAAAGACCACACAGCGGCCUCCUGGAUAG